CACAAUAAAAAAUUUGUGUCAGUUUUGGUGGUUUGUUGGUUCAAAGACACUCAUUGAGUGUAAAUUUACCGUUUAUUUGCUCUUUUGCAGCAAGCAAUUCAAUAACAAAAGUCGUACAGAGCAUAUAUACCUCUCACUCGACUUGUAUUGCAGCUAUCGAUUGACUGCGCUGCCGCUUUUGCGAUAUUCGUCUGCAGCCAAGUUGACUAAGUUCCAUUCCUAUCACGAUACGCGCCAUUUAUUGAAAUAUGGUAAACAAAAAGUGUGAUAUCUGCGGCAAAAGUAGCGGCAACAAUGAUUAUGAUACCUUGGUAUUAGGCGACUGGAUGAAUAGGCAGGAACUGACAGUCCACUACUUCUGCUUGCUUCUGUCCACAAACCUUGCCCAACGCGGCGGCGACUCAAGCGGCAUUCUCGGCUUUUUGCUGCGCGACAUUCGCCUGGAAUCCAUCGCCGCUAAGAAACGAACGUGUUUCUACUGCGCUAAGCCGGGCGCCAGCUUAGAAUGCCACAAGUGCCGUAGACUCUCCCACUUGACCUGCAGUUUUGAUAACCACAGCACAAUUGAGUUCUUUGGCGAAUUUCGAAACUAUUGCGAAGCUUGUCAACCCUUGGACGAUUAUAAGCGUCAGCUGAUAGAGAAGCCACCAAAAAACCAAAUCUGCGACAUCUGCUUUAAGCCGAUUACACCGUUCAGGCUGUAUAACGUCUCCUAUGGCGACUGCUGCAAGAAGGGCUUUGCUCACCGGAUCUGUAUGCGGAAGUACGCCCUUGCCUCGGGCUACUAUCUGCGCUGCAUCUGGUGUCGCACGGACAAGUUCCGCGACAUCAUUCGCAAGCAGUCGGUAUUUGUGCCGGACCGUGACGCAACCUGGGAGAGGCAGAAAGACGCUUACCAGGAACUGCACCGCAAGCAUAUGCAAUGCAUUCAAGUAAAAUGUCUAUGCCCCAACGGACGAGACUACAACAAAGGCAGCUGGACCAUAUUCCCCUGCAAGCUGUGCGCCUCGACCGGGGCACACCUUAAGUGUGUUGCAGGAAUUUCGAGACUGUCGCGUGCCUCCAAGCCCGUUGAUUUCAAGUGCGAGAUCUGUCUGGAAAUGGAACAGAAGAUCAGGAGUAGCCAUCAGCGUACCAUGUCAACAACUUCGUACCCAAUGACUGACCCAACGGCGGAACAAAUCGAGAUGUCCUUUUAUGUGACCAAGUCAGGACCCGAUAUAUCGAUGCGCCUGAACAGUGAUGCAGUGCCGGUUUUCUCCGACGAGGAGAGUAUCACCAGUUCGGAUGCCAGCGUGAUAACAGUGAUUGCAUCCCAGCGCUCAUCCUGCGGAGCCACUGUCGAAAAAAAUGACCUCGAUGUUCAGAAAGUUGAGAUCAUGGAGAUUGAUUCCCAGUCCGAUGAGGGAUUUUUCCCAGGUCUGGCUGUACGGCCGUCAAUCAGCAAGCCAGAACCCAAACUAUCCGAGAUCAUCGAGAUUGAUUCCCAGUCCGAUGAGGAAUUUUUCCCAGGUCUGGCUGUACGGCCGUCAAUCAGCAAGCCAGAACCCAAACUAUCCGAGAUCAUCGAGAUUGGUUCCCAGUCCGAUAAGGAAGCCAAGCCAGAACCCAAACUAUCCGUGCUCUCGAGCGCUGAUUCUACUGGUGCACCGGAUAUGGAAUUCGAAUCCCUCCAGCGGGCAUCCUGCAGCCCCCCUCACGAAACACCGCCACCAAACGACAGGGCAGAAGAAGAGAAUAUCGAGAUCUCCGCUUCCCCGAAGCAGCCAUAUACAAAAUAUACAACAGAUCUGGUGAUACGCAAAGGCUUUGCAUGUCCGAACGAGCCAUUUUUCUACUUGGAGUUUUACGAGUUUAACGAGUCAAAAAUUUGCACGGGUACCUGCUGCGUUCGAUUUGCCGACGAUGACCCCAGGAUCAGGGAUCGUUCUCCCGAGGCGUUGCGUUUGCUCCAAGUCACCGAUAAGGACAUUUGGUAUCGAACCAAUGAUAUCGGCAUCUAUGCCAAAAUAUAUGGUGAAUCAUAGAGAUGUUUUUUUUUUUUUUUUUUUAACUUAAUUAUAAUUAAUUUUAAAUAAUUAUAAGAUGUUAUCUGAGGCACCGAAAAGGCUGUUCUAUGGCGGUCGGUUUAUCGUGAUGCCUCUUUGAUCGGGUUUUUUUGUUUGUUGUUAGAACCAACCCAGAGGCGUACCUUUUUCGAGUUUUUAUUGAACUUUUAUCCUAUGGAAAUAACGCACAAAUAAUUAUAAGUUGACUUAUACAUAUAUGUAUAUAGAGUGUACAGGCAUGU